UGGGAAAACAUAUUUGAAAAGUUCAUAGAAAUUCAGGCAUGAAGCAACAAACCUAUAAAAGGGUUAGACAAAAGCCCUGGAUUUAAAUUCUAAGUUUGGUCAUAAUGAAGAGCACAUCCAAGGAAGAAAGGAUUAAAGCCGACUCCAAGCGUCGCGACCUGUUCGUAUUUGUAAGGCAAACCAUGUGUGUAGCGGCCAUGUAUCCUUUCGGAUAUUAUGUGAAGGGCUCUGGAGUCCUGGCAGAUCUGGUCCGAGUCUGUGACUUGGCCUACGAACUCCUCAACUACUUCGUAUCGGUGCAUAUAGCUGGCCUGUACAUCUGCACCAUCUACAUCAACUACGGACAGGGCGACUUGGACUUCUUCGUAAACUGUUUGAUACAAACUAUUAUUUAUUUGUGGACCAUAGCGAUGAAGCUUUAUUUUCGAAGGUUCAGACCUGCAUUACUGAAUGAAAUUUUGUCCAACAUUAAUGAUAAGUACGAGCCACGUUCCGCUGUAGGAUUCAGUUUCGUCACAAUGGGGGGGUCUUAUCGGAUAUCCAGGCUAUGGAUAAAAACCUAUGUGUACUGUUGCUACAUCGGCACCAUUUUUUGGCUGGCUCUUCCCAUUGCUUACAGGGAUGGGAGCCUUCCUCUCGCCUGCUGGUAUCCCUUUGACUACACGCAACCUAUUGUCUAUGAGCUAGUGUUCCUUCUUCAGGCGAUGGGACAGAUCCAAGUGGCCGCAUCGUUCGCCUCCUCCAGUGGUCUGCAUAUGGUAUUUUGUGUCCUGAUAUCUGGGCAAUACGAUGUCCUCUUUUGCAGUCUCAAGAAUGUAUUGGCCAGCAGCUAUGUACUAAUGGGAGCCAAUAUGACGGAACUGAAUCAAUUGCAGGCUGAGCAAUCUGCAGCUGAUGCCGAGCUAGGUCAAUAUACGUACUCUAUGGAAGAGGAGACCCCUCUGCGAGAACUUCUAGAAGUGGGAAGCUCAAUGGACUUCUCCUCAGCAUUCGGGCUGUCUUUUGUACGGUGCAUUCAGCACCACAGAUACAUAGUGGCGGCCCUGAAAAAAAUUGAGCGUUUCUACAGUCCCAUCUGGUUUGUGAAGAUUGGUGAAGUCACUUUCCUCAUGUGUCUGGUGGCAUUCGUCUCUACGAAGAGCACGUCGGCCAAUUCUUUAAUGCGGAUGGUCUCUUUGGGACAGUACCUACUCCUAGUUCUCUACGAGCUCUUUAUCAUCUGCUAUUUCGCGGACAUCGUUUUCCAGAACAGUCAACGGUGUGGUGAAGCCCUGUGGAGAAGUCCAUGGCAGCGACAUUUGAAGGAGGUUCGCAGCGAUUACAUAUUUUUUAUGUUGAAUUCCCGCAGGCAGUUCCAACUAACUGCCGGAAAAAUAACCAAUCUAAACGUGGAUCGGUUCAGAGGGACUAUCACUACUGCCUUCUCGUUUCUCACCUUGCUGCAAAAAAUGGAUUCACGAGAAUAAAAAACUUGUUUUCCAUGAUUAUGAAAUAAUGAUGCAUUUGAAUGAAGUCAUUCAAAACGAUUUAACGAUCUAUGUAUUCAAUUGUUUGUUAUUUGCCCCCAUCAAGAUUUAUUUCAACUUUGGCAUUACACGUUCGAGCAGUGUGUUACAGUAAUAGUUUAAAUAGUGGACGUCUUCAUAGCAUCGACAUUUUAAAAGUACGCUAUUAUUUAAAUAACGCCUUUAUAAUGCAAAAGAA